UUCAUUUUGAUCUACCGGACAUCUGAGGGGUAUAAUGUUUAACUCUUUCAAUCUAGGCAACUCCUGCUCCCAGUCUUGUAAACAAAGGACUUCCGAGUUUGGAGAGCGGGCGGACUGCGCCUCGAAACUCUUCCUCCCCAGAACCUAUUACGCCCCAGAAUAUUCUGCCGUUUCUUCGCUUUUACCUCAAGCCCACUCACGGCAAAUCACAUAUUCGUAUUCCACUAACUUCACGCAAGUUCCGCCAGUCAGGGAUUUAUCAUAUGAGUCGGGUAAGUGGAACCACAGGGGGAACUGCUCUUAUGCGGAGGAGGAUAGAAAUUGCCUUCCUCCGUCAGCCAUGACUGAAAAGUGGACGAAGAACGACAAUUUCUACUGUCACCACCACUAUCACCCGGGUAUUAAUCAUUCCAGCACUGGCUUUUACUCCAGCACUGGAAAGACCAACGUUUUCCCGCAAAGUUUUGGUCGUGUUUUGGACUGUUCCAAUAGCGGAUUGGGAGAUUACUGUUUGCAGAAAGGCAGCCCUGGAAAGCCCGACUCUUCGGUCCUCGUCAGUGCUGGAGAUGUAGAGAAAGGGCAUGAGAAAAACAGAACCUCGGGUUCUUUUCAAACCACGUCGGGGACAAAAAACGACAACCACACAAAAUCCGCUACCCCACGAGUGAGGAAGAAGCGAUGUCCAUACACCAAGUUUCAGAUCCGAGAAUUGGAGCGAGAAUUCUUCUUUAAUGUUUACAUCAAUAAAGAGAAACGGCUUCAGCUCUCCAGCAUGUUAAACCUCACUGACCGACAGGUCAAGAUUUGGUUCCAGAACAGACGGAUGAAGGAAAAGAAGCUAAGCGGAAUUCGCCUGCAAUAUUUUUCUGGAACCCCCCUAUUGUGAACUGUGAACUUUUCUUCAAGGGACAAAAAGUAUGUGACUUUUGAAAGGAAACUUAAGCGAUAUUUGUCUAUAGGCCUAGUUAGAGUAGCCUAAAUGUUUCUCCGAGAUAUGCUGUGCAAAUACACACACACUUGCGUCAACUCUGAGACAAUGAAAAAGCAUGUUUCGUUAUUGUAUGUUUCAAUGCAACAGUAUUAACCUCUAUAAGGAUGUUAUAAUUAUUAUUAUUACUGGCUCUGCUUCAACAAGCUGCUGAAAAAAACAAUGGUGUUAAAAAUCUCUGCGCACCCUUUUUUGUUUGCGUUCAUAUGCCGUGAAGAAUCUAAAAGGAUUACACGAUUGGAUGUGCAUUAAUAUUUGGACAGGAAAAAAAAAACGAAAAUAAAUCAUAGGCUACUCGCAUAAUG